AUGGAGGAGCACGAUGUCGAACGCCAGUCGCCCAAGAAAAAAGAUAAACAAACAGAAGACAGACCUGGAAUAAUUUAUUUAAGCUCCGUUCCGGAAUACAUGAGCGUACAGAAACUUAGAAACGUGUUUGAGGAAUUUGGCGAAGUGAACAGAACAUUUUUUCAACCAGUUGAAAAAAGCUAUUCCUACAAGAAAGGAUUAUUAUUCACUGAAGGAUGGGUUGAAUUUCGGAAACGGAGUAUGGCGAAAUUUGUGGCGCUGACAUUAAAUAAUGUCCAGGUGGGAGGCAAGAAAAGAAACCCAUGGUACAGCUCAAUCUGGAAUAUCAAAUACCUGCCAAAGUUUACGUGGACAGACAUCAAUGCAGACAGAGAGUUGAAGAGGGCUACGCAUGAAAACAGAAUGCGUGCCGACAUUUCCCAGGUGAAAAAACAGACACAUUUUUACAUGAACAGUUUGGAUAAAUCUAAAACUUUAAACGAGAUGAAGAAGCGAAAAGAGAAGAGAGGGCAGGUUUUUGAAAAAAGAAGCUUUGGGGAUGGCAUUAAGCAGAAACUCACAGAGGAAGAAAUUCUGGAACAGAAGAGUAAAAGAAAACAUGAUGGUGUAGGGGAUUCAGAAGACAAGCCCAAACGCCCAAAGAAGACAUUUGGUGAUAAUGACGUUCAGGCGUGUCGUGCAUUUGUGAUGAGUAAUAUUUUUGGAAAUUGUAGUUGA